AUGGCCGAAGCAAUCGGACUAUUAACCGGUAUUCUUGGUGGUUGCGAUGUGAUAUUACGUGCUUCCACCGCAAUCGUUGGUUACAUCUCCGACAUCAACGAUGCGCCGAAGGAUAUCAAAAACCUCAGAGAUGAGAUAGAGAACCUCGAAGCAAUUGUCUCUGCUGUACGAGGCUUCUACCAGUCACCAAAAGCGAGUCGACUAAAGUCUGUCGUUUCUUCGCCGAUCACAUCCGUUGUCGAACAAUGCGAAACCUAUGUUACCGAACUCAAGAAGAAAUUCGAGGUGGAUGCGGCCAAACCGAAAGCAAUAUGGGUCUUGGGAUCAAAGGACCGCUAUCGUGUAGCCCUUCAAGAUAUAAAUCGCUACACGAGUAUAUUUCAACUCGGUCUGAGUCUUAGCGGCUGGGGCCUCCUUUCCAAGUCAUCCGAAGAAGCCAUGAGUGAGAUGAAAGCCAUUCGCAAAGACCUCCAGCAAGUAAUUGAGGUAAUAGAACCUAUUAAGGAGAUGAAAACAAAUGUGGAAGAAUGGAAAGAUCAUGUGAAACUUAUCGAAGGAGCAAUGGAUUUUUGCAAAAGAGCGGCUGUGGAUACCAGAGCAGUUUUGACUGUCGAAGAAGACUUAAGAAAACAAAGUGAUGAACGUCGAGGAAAGAUAGAUAGGGAGCGUGAGAAGAAAGAGCUUCUAGAUUUCAUUUCUGAAGCAAACUUCUUCAACAAACACAACGAUAUUGUCAAAAUCCGUCAUGAAAACACGGGCUCGUGGAUCCUGGAUGACGACUCAUUCAGAAACUGGUUCCAGACAUCCCGAAAUAAGACCUCUUCGGAUAAAUCGAUGAAACCUUCCACUCUCUGGUGCCAUGGAGCACCAGGAGCUGGCAAGACGGUAAUAUUCAGCCGAGUCGUCGAUUACAUGAGGAGCAGACAGAACAUUUCAAAUGUUGCGGUUGCAGCGGUCUACUUAAGUCACAACAAUACAUCACUGUAUCACGUAGAUCGGAUCUUAUUGGGGUUGGUUAGACAAUUUUCAGAGUCAUUAUAUGAUACUCAUAAUGAUGUUGAGUUUUGGCUCAGGGAACUAAUGCUGCAAUACAAGGGAUCACAAGAUAGGGAUCCAUCGAUAAAUGAUUGCAUGGACUUGUUCCAGAAAUUGACAACAGUUGGUAAAACCUUGGUUCUUUGUUUCGACGGACUCGACGAACUUCCAGAAAAUCAUCGAAGAGAGCUACUGCACAAGAUAACCUCGAUGACAGGCUGGUCCGGAUUAAAGCUGCUUCUUAUGUCGAGGUCGAACUUCAACAUAGGUAGCCUGCCACGCCUUGAGAUCCAUGUCUCUGCUCGCGACCACGACCUCCGAGAAUUCUUGAAUUUCAAAUUCAAUGAAAUCCACGGCGUGACAGUUCAAAGAGCGGAUGGGGAAAAGGCCAAUCGUCUUCAAAAGCUUGUGAUUGACAAAAUCAUCGCAACUUCACGAGGCAUGUUUCUACUCGCAAGCCUCCAGGUAAGCCAACUAGAAAUGGCAACCUCUAUUCGAGAAAUCGAAGACAUUCUUAAUGAGCUACCUGAGGAGCUUGAAGGACAAUAUGAAAAAUACAUGGCUCGCAUCAAGUCAUCGACACGUGCAAAACUGGCUAUGAACGCUCUGAAAUGGGCCACAUUUUCAUAUCGCCCUUUGACCUCAGACGAACUUGUCGAGGCUCUUGCUGUACGACCUGGGGACCCCGAUCGGGAUGAGUCGGGCUUCACUGCCAUAGAAACAGUAAUUGAAGCUUGCGGGGGGUUGAUUGCAUUCGAUCGGAACGCCAAUGAUGUUCGACUUGUCCACGAAACAUUGCACGAUUACCUAAAGACACAUCAGGUUGAGCUUUUUGAGAAUCCUCAUAUCUCUAUUUUGACGACUGUAGUCACCUAUCUAGGCUUCAAACCUUUUAGAGAGCCUGCCUCCAAGAUAAGGAACAAUUAUUGGUUCGAAGUACAACCAAUCUUGAAGACGUACAGUCUGACCGAAUACUGCUUUAGACAUUGGGAUUAUCAUGUCAAGCAAGUUGGAAUACCGGCGUUGCCUGUCGCACUUCAGAUUGCAGAGACAAUAUCAGCAUCUGAAAAUCUUCUGGAGUUUGUGAAACUGUUGCGACUAUUGCCGUCUCCAGUUUUUGAAGCAGAGAAAUUUACACCUUUGCACGUCGCGACGUUGUGGAAAAUAACUGCGUUGGCCUCGUUGAUCAUCAGAAAAGCCCCCUCCAUGCUGAACAACAAGUCAUCAUAUGGAUUUACACCACUACAUGUAGCUGCUGUUACGGGAGACUCUUCUUUUGUGGAGGAGUGCAUCAAGCUCGGUGCAGAUAUUUAUGCUCACGACAACCAAGGCAGAAUGCCAAUUCACCAUGCAGCAGCAUUUGGGAAUCAAUCACUAAUUUCUCAUUUAUUCAAACCGAAUGUUGGUGUCUCAACCACCACAGAGAAGUACCAUAUGAGUCCACUUCACGUUGCCAUUUCGAGUAAACACUUGGAAACUGUGACCGGUCUAUUGCAGCAUGGAGCUGACGCAAAUGCCGCGAUUCUUUCGACGAGACAGACUGUACUUCACUAUGCAUACCAGUUUUGUCCUAGCGCAAUCGAACCACUUCUUAAUUACGGAGCCACAUUAACGGCCAUCUCAAAGAAUGGCCGAACAUGCCUACAUUGGGCGUGUCUAUCAGGUAUUAUUCCCCCAACCAUGCGGCGAGUCUUCCAGGAUCAAUCGGUAGAGAGUCGAGAUUCGGACCACCGCACACCCCUCCAUAUUCUAUCAGAAGCAAGACAAGCAGAUAUAGAUACUGCGAGAUGGCUUGUGCAACUCGGAUUUGAUAUCAGUUCUAAGGACAAGAAUAAAAUGACGCCUUUGCACAUUGCCCUCCGCGCCGAAAAUUUCGAAUUAGCCGAUUUCCUGGUGGUAAAGAGAUGUGAUAUCGAUACUGUGAGCACUGAUGGUGACAUGCCAGCUUUGACAGCAGCACGGGAUAACCAAUGUCCAAAAGCCUUGCUUAUGAAGCUCGCAUGUAGACCUUUCAAGCCUGGCCGGGAUACCCUGCUUCAUCUGGCUGUCCGCCGCGAGAACGCAAACGAGGUAUACGGUCUGUUGGAAUGCAAACUUGACGCUAAUGCUCGGAAUAAGCGUGGCGAAACGCCACUUCAUAUCGCAGCUCGUCUGAGUUGUGUCAAAAGACAUUCCACUACAGAAAAAUCUCGAUCUGACCCUGUUACUCUUCUUCUGUCCAGCGGAGCAAAUCCGGAUGCGCAAUCCCAUGCGGGACUGACACCGAUUCAAAUCGCAGUCUUGCGAAAUUCGGAGCAACUACUGGGUCAGAUGCUGGGUUCUAAUGCGGGAUCAAACUCUUCUCGGCUCCGAAUCAUCAUCUGUUCCGAAUGA